GAAAGCUCUUCCGUUUGUAAGUUGAGUAUACAAGAAGUAAAUUCAAUAUCAACAUUCCACCUUUAUAUUUGAAAAAAGGAUUUAUGACAUGAUUGUGUUCAUUAUGUUGAUAAACAUAUAUGACAUCCAGUGUAAUUAAUUAUUCACUUUUGCAUACUGUCAUGUAAUAAAAGCGCCGUAUGAAGUAAUAUAUGUAUAUUAAUAUAUGUGUAUAUUACUAUACGUGUAUUGAAACAGGUUUCGCUUUCAUUUCGGGAAGACAUUAGGUAACUCGAAAACGUAUUUUCGCUGAAAGCAAUAUGUCGGACAAGUCGAGAUGCCUGAGUUGCCGGUAUCCACGCCCAGACGCCAGUGUGAAACUAUAUUGCUUUCCAUGGGCUGGCGGGGGAGCUAAUUUCUACUCCAACUGGGGAAAGUUCCUACCCGAGACUAUAGAAGUUCACGGAGUUUGUCUAGCCGGAAGGGAGGCACGGUUCAGUGAACCAGUAUAUGAAAUGGUAGAACACUUACUGGAUGACAUCACUGCUGCUAUUAGCGUAUCUUGCAAGGGAAAACCAUUUGCCCUAUGGGGACACAGUUUAGGAGCCUUGCUGACGUAUGAAGCGGCAUGUCACCUCAAGUCAAAGUAUAAUAUGGAGCCUGUGCACAUUUUUCUGUCUGGGGCUUCAGCACCACAUUCUGAGAAAAGAAAACAGUCAACAGUUAAUGUGAAAGGUUAUACUGACGAGGAAUUCAUUGGACUGCUCAAACACUUUGGAGGUACGCCUACAGAUAUCAUAGAAAAUCGAGAGCUCAUGUCGUUGUUUUUACCACCUCUGAGAGCAGACUACGAACUGCUUCCACAGAUAAGCACAAAAUCGCCGCCAGAAAGACGUGUAUUCAGCUGUACUGUUGAUGUAUUUGACGGUAAGGACGAUAGCGAACACGAUCUACAAGCUUGGAAAGAUAUAUCCACGGGACCAUUUUCUAUCACCAUGUUCGACGGAGGACAUUUCUAUUUGAAAGAAGAGGCGAACAUGAAGAAACUGUGCAAUUAUGUAUCAGAUGCUUUAAUUGGAUGUCCUCUUUGACACAAUUUGAUUAACUUUAUAUAUAGCAAUUAGAAUUUAAUUGACAGAAAUAUCCAAAUGAAUUUGGCUAUUAAUACCAUGGGUUUCCCGUAGCGAUGCGUUUUAGGCAUUGGUAUGUGAUGCACGAUGUUCUCGGGACAUUGAGAUGGACAAGACGAUUGUUUUCAGAAGGAAUCCAUAAUAAGUCUAUUUUAUCUCUCUGACUGAUGAAAAGUUUGUCCUUUUUUGUUUAAUUAGAGACAGAUUUCAUAAAUGAGCCACGCCAUGAGAAAACCAACAUAGUGCAUUUGCGACCUGCAUGGAUCCAGACCACCUUAACGGUUUCUCUUAUUGCAAUAGGGGUUGAAAGCGAACAGAAUGGAUCCUGACCAGACUGCGAGGAUGCCCAGGCUGGUCUGGAUCCAUUCUUGUCGCAAAUGCACUGUUAAUAAUCUAGUAUUAUAAAAGUAUAUCAGGUCAUUCUUUCAAACUUUUUUCGCGUUUAUUGUUUAUAGCUUUGCUAUCUUGUAAGAGAUGUAAGUUUUAUUGUGUGUCGAUAUGUAUAUUAAUGAUUUGUUAAUGAAUUAGAAUUAAAUUAUUUCUACUUCUA